AUGGCGAAGCAACAGCCGUUCUGGCUUGGGUUUGUGAAUCAACCUCCUAAUUUUGGUGCAUCUGCCUCCAUGGCGGCCUGUUUCACCCACCCUCUUGAUCGAACCAAGUAUUGUAUGCAAGUCCUGUCCUCGAAGCAACCAAUGUUGAAAGCACUGCAUACUUUUGCAGUCCGUGAUGGCAUUCGAUCCCUUUGGUCCGGUCUGUCAGCUUCAAUCCUCCGCCAGACGACAUAUUCCACCGCGCGGUUUGCAUUGUAUGACAUUCUUGCGCGCAACUGGCAGCUGCGAAACGGAGCAAAGGUCUCUGCAGGGUCCACCAUCGCGUGCGCCGGGAUAGCUGGCGGACUCGCGGGAAUGAUAGGAAAUCCAACAGAGAUAGUUCUCGUCCGGAUGUGUGCAGAUGGCGUGAAGGCACCGGCCCAAAAAUAUCUCUACCCGAACGCCAUUCGCGGGCUGAUCAGAAUUGGAAAAGAAGAAGGCUUGAGAACUUUCACAAAGGGCUUAGGACCAAAUGUUGUAAGGAGUAUCUUGAUGAAUGUUUCGCAGAUCGCCGUAUAUACGUCUGCAAAGAGGCAGAUUCUAUCCAAUAAAACACUCAAGGUUUCGGAUGGGGUUCCAGUCCAUAUUGCGGCUUCGUUGGCGGCGGGGACGGUUGCGACAACGCUUUGUGCACCAGCAGAUGUCCUAAAGAGCAGGUUGCAAAGCGCAGCUUCUGCGGGCAGAGAAGCUCGGGGACUCGUGAGAAUAUUCUUGAGCUCGUUAAAGAAUGAGGGGCCAGGAUUCCUGAUGAAGGGAUGGACACCAGCAUGGUUGAGACUGGCGCCCAACACAAUCCUCAUGUUCCUGUUCAUGGAACAGUUGCAUCGGUUGGUCGCUGCGAAGACUCUUUGACAUUGGAGGUCAUCUCGAGUGAGUUUGGGGGUUCCAGGGUUCUGGUCUUUCCAAGGGAAAAAAGGUGGCUCCAGGGGGCAAAGGAUACAGAGAGUUAUAGAAUACGGUACAUUCAGGAAAUGGGGACACAAGAACGUGUCGAUGAAGCUGGUAUUGUCGAGUCCUGCGUGCGCCUCGGCGGGGGAAAGGAGGCAUGAAGCGUCCCGGGAAGCCUCCGGAGGAAGCGGGAGACUUGAGAAAAUAGGAUACUAAGAACGAAUAGACUUUGUAGUAUAAGCCAGAUAUUUGAUUGAAUGCAACCCGCUUGAUGUCUCGCUGGCUGAUUUCUAG